UCCGGAGGAGAAGAAGGGGAUUCUGGAAGCCAUUGCUCCUCCGGCUCUUACGCACUCUGCGCACCGAGCCGCCGGCCGCCAUGGCGCUAGCCGCGAAGAAGCGGAAGAUGAACUUCUCGGAACAGGAAGUGACGAUCAUCGUGGAGGAGAUCGAGCGGCACAAGCACGCGCUGGUCAACCACUUCAACGCGGGGGUCACGCACGUGGCCAAGAACCGCGCGUGGCUGGACAUCCUGCAGAAGGUCAACGGGGUCAGCACGUGCCCGCGCGAGCAGGCGGAGGUGAAGAAGAAGUGGUCCGACAUGAAGACCGAGGUCCGCCGCAAGGUGGCGCAGGCGAGGGCGGCCGUGGAGGGCACCGCCGCGGACUGCACUACAGUUCCCGUGAUCCUUAGCGCCAUGCAGCAGCGCAUCUGCAACCUGCUGGGGGAGGCGACCAUCAUCAGCCUGUCCGCGGGGGACACGGACCACAUGGGUCUGUCCGCAGGGGACACGGACAACUGUCUGUCCGGGGCCGGGACCAGCGAGACAGGAGGAGGCCCCCUGGUGGAGGCUCUUCCUGCUGCGUCAGCGACCUGUGACGAAGCGAAGCCUCUGAACACUGAGACCACGUACCACACGCUGGAGGACGGCGGCGUGGUGGAGUACUGCACCACCACUGUGAGUGACUCCGCCCCCACUGUGGUGGCAGCCGUGGAGGCUCCUGUAGAGCUGCUGGCCUCCUCCUCUUCCUCCCCGCCUCCUCCUCCUCCUCUUCAUCAUCAGGCCCCGGCCAAACCUCAGGAGCUGAAGAGCCGCAUCGCCCUGAACUCCGCCCGCCUGCUGCAGGAGCAGCGCGUCACCAACGUGCACAUCCGGCAGAUCGCCCAGCACCUGGAGGGCCAGAACGAGCUGCUGGUCAUGAUGCGGCGCUCGCAGGAGGCGCAGGCGUUCGCCCAGGAGCGGCAGGCGCAGGCGCUGGAGGGCACGCAGGCCGCCCUGCUGGCGCUGGUGCAGAUGCUCCGCCCGGUUCUCAAAGACCUGCGCAAGUUCCUGCAGAGCGGGACGGAGGUGGAGAGCAGCAGCGGCGCCGCGGCAGCAACGACUGACGGGUCAGGAGCAGAAGAACCAAACAGACCUAAAACUCCACCUGCACCCCCGCCACAGCAGACUGAGGACACGCUGUAGACUGUGUGUGUGUGUUUGUGUUCGUGUGUGUUUGUGUGUUUGUGUUCAGCGGACGAUGAAAAGCUCCGAAUCGCCUUCGGGAGCAUGUACAGUUUUUACGGAUGUUUUAUGAUUCUGAUAAGUAAAAGGUUAUGUUGAACAUGGUUUUUAUUUUUUUACACCGUGUCAUUAACAUUGAGUUCAUGUUUAACUUAUCGGAUGUUUUUGUAUCCAUGAAGAUUUAAUUCUUGGUUUCUUGAGUCAUGUGAUGUUUUCUCUGACUGAGGAAUAAUAAUCAUCUGGUUUUUCCACCUGUCGUCACUUGUGUUCUUCACUUUGCAACAUCAGCUCGGCUGCAUCUCUCAGGAGCAACCAGCAGAGGGCAGCACGUGU